AUGGAAGAAGCUAAUGGAAAUUCAAGAUUAGGAGAAGGAAAUGUUGUCCCUGCACCAAUAAAGUUGGAGUCAUUUGAGAACAUUACUAACUAUGGGAGAGCUCUCUUGAACACGCCACUCCGACUACUGGAUCGAGUUACAGCCCGAUCCAAUGACGAGGUUGAGUUGGUGGAUGUGAAAAAACGAAGUCAGCAUGAAAUGAAGAAAACACUAUCUUGGUGGGAUCUGAUAUGGUUUGGCAUGGGCAGUGUCAUUGGCUCAGGCAUAUUUGUUCUAACAGGACUUGAGGUUAGAGACACUGUGGGACCUGCUGUGGUGAUAUCCUAUGCUGUCUCUGGCCUUUCUGCCAUGUUGUCUGUUUUUUGUUACACUGAAUUUGCUGUGGAAAUCCCUGUGGCGGGUGGUUCCUUUGCUUACCUAAGAAUUGAGCUUGGUGAAUUUGCAGCAUUCAUAGCGUCUGGAAAUAUUAUUCUUGAAUAUAUAAUCGGUGGCGCUGCAGUCUCACGUUCAUGGACAUCCUAUUUCGCAACACUUUGCAACCAAAGUUCAGACAAAUUUGUCAUCGUAGCGCAUUCCCUUUCACACGACUACAACAAGCUUGACCCUAUUGCUGUUUUUGUUCUAGCAGCUACUUACACAUUUGCCGUUUUCAGCACAAAGGGUUCCUCGCGUUUAAACUACAUUGCAUCAAUAUCACAUCUCAUUAUCCUAAUGUUCAUCAUAGUUGCUGGUUUAUCGAAAGCCGAUGCUGAAAAUUAUUCUGAUUUCACACCUUUUGGAACGAGAGGAAUAUUCCAAUCCGCGGCAGUUUUGUUUUUCGCUUAUGUAGGAUUCGACGCGGUUUCCACAAUGGCCGAGGAAACGAAGAAUCCCGGAAAAGAUAUACCUAUUGGUCUAAUAGGAUCAAUGACACUUACAACAUUUAUUUAUUGCAUGAUGGGUGUGACACUUUGUUUAAUGCAAAAAUAUUCAAAUGUUGAUAAAGAUGCUGCCUUUUCUGUUGCAUUUGAAGCUGUUGGACUGAAAUGGGCUAAAUACAUUGUUGCAAUUGGAGCAUUGCAAGGAAUGACAAGUGUUAUUCUUGUUGGAGCAGUUGGUCAAGCAAGGUAUCUUACACACAUGGCAAGAACACACUUGUUACCUUCAUGGCUAGCAAGAGUGAAUGAAAAGACUAAGACACCAGUUAAUGCAACUUUUGCUAUGUUUAUUGCAACUGCUAUAGUUGCAUUUUUCACAAGCCUUGAUGUUCUAGCUAAUUUACUUUCAAUUUCAACUUUGUUCCUUUUUUCACUUGUGGCAUUGGCCCUUUUGGUCAGAAGGUAUUAUGUUAGAGGUGUUACUUCCAAGUUUGAUGUUAUGAAGUUUGUUGGAUUCAUUUUUCUCAUACUAGGAUCUUCGAUUGGGUGUUCAAUUUAUUGGUCUCAAACUACUGGGUGGAUUGGUUACACUAUACUAGUACCGAUUUGGUUUGUAGGGACAUUCGGCAUCUGGUUUUUUGUUCCGCUUGCAAAGAAACCGAAGAUUUGGGGUGUACCUCUUGUGCCAUUUUUGCCGUCCACAUCAAUUGGUAUCAAUGUUUUCCUUCUCGGGACAUUAGAUAAGAAAUCAUUUGAGAGAUUUGGUGUUUGGACUGCAAUUUUGGUGGUAUAUUACUUGCUUGUAGGAGUACAUGCAUCUUAUGACAUAGCAAAGGCACAAAAGGAGAAGGAAAAACUUGAGACUAAGAUUGAGUCAAAGAUGGAUGAAGAAAAUGGUGUUUCCAAAAAUGAAAAUCAUACAUAG